UGCAUGACUCGCACCUAAACGUUGAACAAUUUACUCUACAGUACAGUUGAAGUUAAGGAUCUCAAGGAAACAGUUCUACAAAGCGACAACAUUUAUUGCUUAGCAAAAUUGUGUAAAACAAAAAGUGUGUGCAUACAAGAAAAUUGUAAUAUAAAAAUUAAACAAUUUUUUAAAUAAUAUAAUUGUUUAAAACAGCAGUACAAAGAUUUUGUAAAUUAUUGUACAAAUUGUGAAACAAAACAAAACCAACAAGACUUUCUUUCUCUUUUUGUGUGUGUAAAAAACAACAACCAUUACCAACAUGACUGAUAAGCCAAAACGUCCCCUCUCAGCCUACUUCUUGUGGUUAAACUCUGCCCGUGAACAAAUCAAACGUGAAAAUCCCGGCAUUAAAGUAACCGAAAUUGCCAAAAAGGGUGGUGAAAUCUGGCGCUCAAUGAAGGACAAAUCUGAAUGGGAAGCCAAAGCCGUCAAGGCCAAAGAGGAAUACGAAGUUGCAAUGCGUGAAUUUGAGGCAAAUGGUGGCUCAACAGCGGCGAAUGGUGCUGGCAAGAAACGCGGCAAAGCCUCCAAGGCUCCAGCGAAACGAAGCAAGAAGGCUGAAUCUGAGGAGGAGGAUGAAAGCGAAUAAAUUUUGUAAUUUAACUUUUUCUAUUAAGUAAAAAUACACACAUACACACAAACAAAGAAAAAAACAAAACAACAACAGAAGCAGCAGCAGCCGUAACAAAGUCAUUUCAAGAAAAAAGUAAAUUAUAUUUACAUUUUAAGUAAACUACAAAUGGAUGACAGACUCUCUUAAACUCCACCACCAACAGCAGCAGCCUAAAUUUUAUUUGUAUUUAUAACAAAACAAAAAAAAAAACAAAUGUAUUAAAAAUGGAAAAAUUUACUAAGAGUUUUGUUGUUGUUAAUUGUAAAAAGAUGCAAAAAACAAAAUGACAAAUUUCCUUUUUUUUAAAUUAAAGAAAAACAAAAACUAAAUGAAAAUUGGCUCAACAACCUCCUUAACAAUAACAUCAACCACCCAACAAAACCAUGUAACAAAAUCUCUAUUUUCUUUUUUUAAUUACAAAUUAAUUUUAAGAAAUUUACUCUUAGAAAACUACCAAUUAAUUACAAAAUCCAACAACAAGCACCAGCAGCAAACUAAAAAAAAAUAUGAAUGUUUGAAAUGUUUUUAAUGUAAAUUGUUUUAUUUUGGCUUUGAAAGAAGAAUGCCAAAACACAAAAACGAAAUGUGUUUUGUUGUCUGUGAAAAGCCAAAUGUUGUUGCUGGAGAUGAUCUAAGAAAUUAAUUUUAAUUUUAAAAGAAAAACAAAAUAUAUACCCCCCAAAAAAUCUGAAA